AUGGUCACGAAAUGUGUAUUCGUCGUUUUCGUCCUGUCGUUGACCAUAAGUACCGUUCUUUGCCAAACUUUCCAAUACAGUCGUGGAUGGACCAACGGCAAGAGAUCCGAGUUCCCAAACUCGUUGGGUGUCUCCAAUCCAGGGGACGAACAUUUCACCAACGGCGAAUUCAAGAAACUGAAGAUGCUGGUGUAUGGGAAUAUUGAUGAACAACCGCUGUUGAUGCAUUGCGACUUUGUGGACAAUGGAAAAUUGAGGAAAUUCGGUCACAUGGAUAAUUAUGUUUCUCAGUUGCGGGAAAAGGGACCGAAUGAUGGCAAUUACUGAAACGGACACUGGGAAUGGUAGUCGUCACACGAUAAUCAUAAUUGCUUCAAUAAAAUACUCAGAUACGUAAUUUUAG